CAACUAUUGCAUACAUUCAGUAAUAGUUGCAAAAUAUAUUGAGUGUAGAUAGAAAUGGAAAAUAAUGUAAAGGUAACCAAAAUUCAUCUUAUGUGGAUUGGAAUAAUUUUUCAAUAUGGGUGUCUGAGUUUCAUUGUUGCAAAGAAUGCAGACGAGUGUACUUUAGGCUAUAAGUGGAACCAAAUAAUCAAGCAAUGUAUACCCUGUCCUAGCGGAUAUCUUAGUAAAAACUGUGAAAUAGAAUGUCCGUUUCCAUACUAUGGACGGAACUGUAUAAAGGAAUGCAAUUGUGAUAUCGAGGACUGCCAUCAUGUAAACGGUUGCAAAUUAGUAUCAGAGAAAACCAAUCAUUCAAUUAUUUUGACAACAAACGAAAGACAAAAUCAUACAAUUUGCCGAGUUAAUCACAAGUGGAGUUCGACAGAACAGAAUUGCAUUCCCUGUGAUCCGGGAUAUUUUGGAAUAAACUGCGACUCAAAAUGUUCGUCACUAAGUUAUGGAUUCAAUUGUUUAUCAGAAUGCGAUUGUAGCGAGCACGACUGUCACCAUGUUUACGGAUGUACUCAAGCUUCUGGAGAUUUUUCCAAUGAGGAAUCAACUAUUAGAUAUGGAUCAGUAAGAUCAACUUUAUCAACUGACAUCGAGACAACAAGAAAUAUUCACGUGUUAGUGGUGAAUAGAGAGACUCCAGAUACGGUAGACGGACAUAAAGAUAUUGAAAUUAGACUGGAAUCUAAAACAAAAAUAAAGUCAGCCAGGAUAGGAAUAAUUUUACUUUCAAUGGUUUCUGUGGUCAUAAUACUGUUAAUAAUCUGUACUUAUCCUCUUGAGAAAUAUCAAAUCAUGAAAUACACCCAGAAAGAAGAUCUUUGUGAUAUCUAAACGAAAGGAUGACCCAAAUGCAUAAUUUGAAUAACAAUGUUUUUGUUGUGGUUCUGCGUAAUAUUGACUGAUUAGUGAUUUUAACAACAUUGUAAUGUGUCUAAUUGUACAAUUAGUCUUUUUCAUUUCUCUCUUUGGUUAUUGUUUUCAUUAUCUUUUUCAACUUUCUCCUUAAUUAUGUUCUAAAAGCGACCUUAGAUAUAAGCAAAUGAAAUAUGAAAUGCACAACGGAUACAGGUAAAACGUGCUGGUCCUGGUUUUCAGUAGAACAGUAAAUUGGUCCACACUGCAAAUAUCCUUUGGAUCAUUGUUAGUCCCGGACCAAAUACAAUUAAAAUGCAUCAAGUACUCAAUGAUGAUUUAGUUUCGUAUUAUUUAAUUUUAUUGUUUGUUUUUAUUUUUUCCUCCAAAUCUUCUUCGUUUUUAUUAUAUUAAGUAGAUAGUAUUACAUUGUCUUCAUAUUUUAGACCUUACACGAGAAAAACUUUCCCUCUUCUUAAGAGCAUUAUUUUCAGUUUAUACAACAUGAAUUAAAAUUUUAUAAUGUUUGCAAAAUUAAGAUACAUGUCAUGGAAAAAGAAAAGAAUCGGUUUGUUGUAUAUCGUGCAUUUUAUCUAAUAUGAAUAAAUCUUGGUAUGUCAAAAAUGUUUAAUGUCAAAUGUUAAGUUGUUUUUAGAAAUUAUGAUAAUGCCAAGAGUCAUCUCCCUUUGUGCAGCAAACACAAAUUUGAUGUAAAAAUGACUAGUUUCUAAACGUUUAAAACAGAAAUAUGUAUGAACUUUUCUGAUUUUAAAUGAAUAAAAUGUUAAACGAUACAGUGUGUGAUUAAAUGGUUUCAGCAUAGGUAUAUAUAUAUGCUGAAUACAAGGCCGAAUUUAGCUUACAUGUUUUAUAUUACAAACUAAAUUUCUGUACUUCGUAGGCACAUGAUGAAUUAAAAUGUAGCUGCAAUAUCAUAAUCAAUGAGUCAUUUUGUUCAUAAUAAAUUUAUCGAUAUCCUGUUUUCAAGACAAAUGAUUUCCUGAUUAAUAA